UCAACUAUUUACGUCAUGUUUUGAAAUAACUGCUUGUAUUUAAGGUGUUUUUUCUAUCCUGUCCUUUCCAUCCAGGUAACAAAAUAUGAUAUGGUCGUGUACACACAAUUACGGUAUUCUAGACAUACACACUCCAUACUGAAGAUGUCUCCAAAAUCCAUGGAUAUCAUUUUUACCGCAGUUCCAUAGAGAAACCAUAGAAGAAAAUAACCAGGAAAUGUUACUUUUCAGCAUUUGGAAUUAGCACUGUUUUCCUGGGAGAAGUUGAUGGAGCUGCCAGCAACUAACAGAAUUAGGAGCAUAAACGGCAGUCUCCGCAGAAGUGAAUGAUUAUUGGAUCUUUGCUCUUGUGUUAAAUUAGAAUGGAAAAGUUGAUCAGCUGUUUUAAGAAGAGCCCAGAUGCUGUGGCCAGGCUGAUAUGCUUCCCCUGGGCAGGUGGAGGGUCCAUCCACUAUGCACGCUGGGGAAACGUCCUCAGCAGCUCCAUAGAAGUGUUUGCUGUCAAACUUCCAGGCAGAGAGAGUCGAGCCAAAGAGCCGUUCUUUCAGAACAUGCAGCAGGUUGUGGACGAGGUUAUAAGUGUGUUGUUACCGUUGCUGAAAGAGAAGCCGUUUGCCCUGUUCGGACACAGUUUUGGUGCCUUCACCAGUUUCGCCGUGGCAGAUGCUCUGAAGAGACUGCACAACCUCGAACCCGUUCAUAUCUUCCUGUCUGGUGCAUCUGCACCUUAUUCAGAGACGCGUAUCAAAGCCCCAAAGAGAAGCGAUUUAUCCGAUGAUGAUUUUCUCAAGUGGUUGAUUUCGAUUGGAGGAACUCCUCCUGAGUUGCUGGCGAACCCUGAAGUGCUGAAGCUCUUCCUUCCUGCCCUGAAGGCCGACCUGCACAUUGUGGAAAACUACAGGUGUAACGAGCCAGACAUUCCGUUUCUCUCCUGCGCAGUCACGUGUUUUGAUGGAAAGGAUGACAUUCCUCAUGACUUACAAGCUUGGAAAAGCAUCACGUCAGGUGAUUUCACCGUCAGGAUGCUCGAUGGAUCCCAUUUUUAUCUGAAGGAGUCUGGAAAUGAAAAGAUUAUAUUAGACUAUGUCACAAAGCAGGUGGAAACAUCAGAAAUGGACUAUUUAUAAUGAAAUCACUUUAUAUUUAAAUUGUAUAUUAUAUCUAAAAAUGUUUUUUUACUAAUUCAUUGUGAUUGAAAUUCAUUCUGCAAGUAAUUUCAGAAGUGUGAAAAAUUGUGUCAAAUCUGUGUGUGGUGGAUAAUAAAGAGUCAUUUAACACAA